AUGCGAUAUGCACAGUUAGUUGUUGGACCUGCCGGUAGUGGGAAGUCAACCUAUUGUUCUACAAUUGUAAAACAUGCGAGCGACUCUAAAAGGAUAGUGGAAGUUGUAAACUUGGAUCCAGCAGCUGAGCAUUUUGACUAUGAACCAUUGGUAGAUAUCAGAGAACUUAUCCAUCUAGAUGAUGCAAUGGAAGACGAGGAGUUGCAGUUUGGACCAAAUGGUGGACUUGUAUUUUGCAUUGAAACAUUACUAGAAAACAGCGACUGGCUAGAAGAGCAGUUGGGUGAUGUGGACGAUGACUACAUCCUGUUUGACUGUCCAGGACAAAUAGAGUUGUACACACACUUGUCCGUGAUGCGGAAGAUUGUGGAUUUGCUGCAGGGCUGGAACUUCAGGAUAUGUGUUGUAUUCCUCAUUGAUUCACAGUUCAUGGUGGAUGGAGCAAAAUUUUUAUCAGGUACAAUGGCAGCUCUCAGUGUGAUGGUAAAUUUGGAACUGCCCCAUGUAAAUGUUUUAACCAAAAUGGAUCUGCUAACGAAAACAGUGCGGAAGCAACUAGACAAUUACCUGGACCCCGACCCUCACAUUUUGCUGUCAGACAUGCGUAACGCACACUCGAAAUGGCACGAGAAAUACGCAAAGCUAACGGAGGCCAUCGGCGAGGUCAUCGAGAAUUUCAGCCUGGUGCGCUUCUAUCCGCUCAACAUAAAGGACGAGGAGAGCAUAGAGAACAUCCUUAUAACCAUAGACAACAUAAUACAAUACGGCGAAUAUGCCGACGUCAAGAUAAGGGAUUUCGACGAGGAAGACCCGGAAGAUAAUGAAAAUUGUGAU